AUUAGCUGGGUGUGGUGGCAUGCGCCUGUAAUCCCAGCUACUCGGGAGACUGAGGCAGGAGAAUCGCUUGAACCCGGGAGGCGGAGGUUGCAGUGAACCGAGAUCGCUCCGUUGCACUCCAGCCUGGGCAACAACAGAGACUCCAUCUCGAACAAACAAACGAAGGAAAACCUCCCGUCUCUGGCACAGCAAGCUCUGCGUGAAUUACUUUCUCCAUUGCAACUCCCCUGUCUUGAUAAAUGGGCUCUGUCUAAGCAACGGGCAAGGUGAACAGUGGGCUGUUACAGGACCAGUGACAGACCAAGGGCAUGCCACUGACGGGAUCCCUAGACGCACCCUUCUGGAUGUGAGGCAGGCGGAUCUCACCCACGCCUGCCAGCAGCUCCUCGGAGAACUGGGUUCCCAGGUCAGCCCUGGCCCGGAGGUGCGCCCGGGACCCGCAGAGCGCGGCUGAAGUCAAGGCUACAACUCACCUAGGAUCUGGGGCGCCAGCCCUCCGGUGGGCAGGGCGUUCUCCUCCCCCACCCCCACCCCGCACGAUGACAUCAGUGUUUGGGGUUGAGUUGCUCCAUAAAAGCAGCCCGGGGAAGCCAGGAGAGCGAAGGGCGGACGUGCUCGCCACGGCACCCGGGCUGCGCGCACACGGUCCCUGUGUGCGGCUGGAGGCUGGAGCGUGAGCGGCCACCGGGAGCCCCCGGGACAGCCCGCGCCCGCCCUGCAGGAGCCCGCGAACAUGCCCCGGAGCAGCCUGCACACAGCGGCCGUGCUCCUGCUGGUGAUCUUAAAGGAACAGCCUUCCAGCCCGGCCCCAGCGAACGGUUCCAAGUGGACUUAUCUUGGUCCUGAUGGGGAGAACAGCUGGUCCAAGAAGUACCCGUCCUGUGGGGGCCUGCUGCAGUCCCCCAUAGACCUGCACAGUGACAUCCUCCAGUAUGACGCCAGCCUUACGCCCCUCGAGUUCCAAGGCUACAAUCUGUCUGCCAACGAGCAGUUUCUCCUGACCAACAAUGGCCAUUCAGUGAAGCUGAACCUGCCCUCGGACAUGCACAUCCAGGGCCUCCAGUCUCGCUACAGUGCCACACAGCUGCACCUGCACUGGGGGAACCCGAAUGACCCGCACGGCUCUGAGCACACUGUCAGCGGACAGCACUUCGCCGCCGAGCUGCACAUUGUCCAUUAUAACUCAGACCUUUAUCCUGACGCCAGCACUGCUAGCAACAAGUCAGAAGGCCUCGCUGUCCUAGCUGUUCUCAUUGAGAUGGGCCCCUUCAAUCCGUCCUAUGACAAGAUCUUCAGUCACCUUCAACAUGUAAAGUACAAAGGUCAGGAAGCAUUCAUUCCGGGAUUCAACAUUGAAGAGCUGCUUCCGGAGAGGACGGCUGAAUAUUACCGCUACCGGGGGUCCCUGACCACGCCCCCUUGCAACCCUACUGUGGUCUGGACAGUUUUCCGAAACCCCGUGCAGAUUUCCCAGGAGCAGCUGCUGGCUUUGGAGACAGCCCUCUACUGCACACACAUGGACGACCCUUCCCCCAGAGAAAUGAUCAACAAUUUCCGGCAGGUCCAGAAGUUCGAUGAGAGGCUGGUAUACACCUCCUUCUCUCAAGUGCAAGCCUAUACUGCGGCAGGACUGAGUCUGGGCAUCAUCCUCUCGCUGGCCCUGGCUGGCGUUCUUGGCAUCUGUAUUGUGAUGGCAGUGUCCAUUUGGCUUUUCAGAAGGAAGAGUAUCAAGAAAGGUGAUAACAAGGGAGUCAUUUACAAGCCAGCCAUCAAGGAGGAGACUGAGGCCCACGCUUGAGGUCCCCGGAGCUCCUGGGCACAUCCAGGAAGGACCUUACUUUGGACCCUACACACUUCAGCUCUCUGGACACUUGCAACACCUCAAGGUGUUCUCUGUAGCUCAAGAAAACAUGACAGGCCUCAGGGGAUCCUCUGCUGGGUGCCUCCUUGCCUUGGGACCAUGGCCACCCCAGCGCCAUCCAAUCUAUGGAUGGGAUACACUCUCAGACCAAGCAGCAGGAACUCUAAGCUGCUCGCUGUAUCUGUGUGAGAUUGUGAAGUGGUCUGAAUUCUGGGAUCACAAACCAAGUCAUGCUGGUGGACCAUUAAUGGUUGGAAAACGCUUUCAUCCAGGGCUUUGCCAGAGCAUGCUUUCAAGUGUCCUGGAAAUCCUGCUGCUUUUCCAAGCUUUUAGACAAGAAUGUGCACUCUCUGCUUAGGUUUUGUUUGGGAAAUUCAACUUCUUUCCUCUGGAGACGGGGCAUCUCCCUCUGAUUUCCUUCUGCUAUGACAAAACCUUUAAUCUGCAGCUUACAACUCGGGGACAAACGGGGACAGGAAGGAUCAAGUUGUAGAGAGAAAAAGAAAACAAGAGCUAUACAUUGUGAUAUAUUAGGGACACUUUCACAGUCCUGUCCUUGGGAUCACAGACACUGCACAGACCUUAGGGAAAGGCAGGUUCAAGUUCCACUUCUUGGUGGGGAUGAGAAGGGAGAGGCAGCUAGAGGGAGGGAGAAAAUGAGAAGACAUGGAUGAUCUUGGAAGAGUCUCACUUUGGAAUCAGAAUUGGAAUCCCAUUCUGUUUAUCAAGCCACAAUGUAAGGACAGAACAAUACAAUACUAAGUCCAAAUCCAACCUCCUGGCAGUGGGGCAGUUAUGUUUUACACUCUACAGAUUUUACAAAUAACGAGGCUAUUCCUUGAAAAUCUGUUGUUGCUGGGUCCUGGAGGAGACAUGAGUUCCGAGAUGACCCAAUCUGCCUUUGAAUCUGGAGGAAACAGGCAGAAACAAAAUGACUGUAGAACGUCAUCUCUUUUGGCCAAAUUUCAUUUCAGCCACUUCUGCAGGAUCCCUACUGCCAACCUGGAAUGGGGACUUAUCUACUCCUCUCUCUCUCUCUCUGUGGAUGUCAAAUCAUGGUUUAGAUCAAAUAUAUUUCAAGCUAUAAAAGCAGGAGGUUAUCUGUGCAGGGGUUGGCAUCAUCAUGGUAUUCAGGGGCCAGUAAUAAUGGAACGCUACUAAGAUACUCCAUAUUCUUCCCCCUGAGUCACACAGACAGUUUCUGACAGGUGCAGCUCCUCCAUUUUCCUCCCGCAGGUGAUGACUCAGUGCCAUAACUGAGAAGUAACCGACCCCUAGUUGACAGCACCUUGCAGUUCCCCGAGAACUUUCUGAUUCACAAUCUCAUUUUGACAGCACACAAUGUCCCCUUGAAGCAUAGCUUUUUAAAUAUCUUUUUCCUUCUACUCCUCCCUCUGACUCUAAGAAUUCUCUCUUCUGGAAUCGCUUGAACCCAGGAAGCAGAGGUUGCAGUGAGCCAAGAUCAUGCCACUGCACUCCAGCCUGGGUGACAGAGCAAGACUGUCUCAAAAAAAAGAAAAAAAAAAUUCUCUCUUCUGUACCAUCACAACUUUUCGUAAUGAUGGCAAGCCUUAUGUCUUGGGAGCCUGUUUUGCUAGGCAAAGUUUCAAGUGACCUAAUGGAGGCUCAGACGUGUGUGUG